CCAUUAUCCUGACAGGUCCAUGGCAGUGUGUGCUGUAUGAACAGGACACUCGGAGUGUGUCCCAGUGGGACUCGAUCCUCCUCUCUACAGGCGGCGCCUCGAGCUCAGGACCAGAUCGCGUUACAGCCCGAAGAGAAGCAGGCGGAGAGGAUAAAGCUGAACACAGAGGCGCUGAUGGAUCUCGAUGAAAACAGCGGAGACAAACUGGGUUUCCGGUGCGUGCAGGAAGUGCUCACCGAGCUCGAUGAGAAGUUAAAGGCGUGCUUUGGAAAUUUCGCCGCUGAACCCGAUCUGAUCGAGGGUGUGGAUCCUCUGACAGAGAGCUGUGUGUUAAAACACGAUGAGAUCUGGACUGCACUGACUGCCAACUACGGACAUGUCAUGCCAGUGGACUGGAAUCGGUCUUGUACCCGCUCACUUCACCUCCCCGUGCUGAACAUUGAGGAUAGACCAACGGUGGAUAAUGUGAAUCUGGAUGCAUCUGAUGAUGAAGAACUGCGAGAACAGAUGGAUAUGCACUCCAUCAUUGUGUCCUGCAUUAAUGAUGAGCCUUUGCUCACUGCAGAGCAGGUGAUUGAGGAGAUCGAGGAGAUGAUGCAGGACUCUCCAUACAUCCAAGCAGAACAGAACCCUGUUGAGUCAAAUCUGAUACACAGAUCCACUGGUCACAGCUAUGAAGAGAGAGUGAGGAAUCUCAGUGUUGCAGAACUGAAUGAGUUAUUGGAGGAGGUGGAGACAGCGAUCCGAAACUAUUCUGAGGAGCUUGUGCGGCACCUGGCUCUUAGAGACGAGCUCGACUUUGAGAAGGAAGUGAUGAACAGUUUCAUCUCUGUGCUGAUAGAUGUACAGAAUCUCCAGAAGGAGCACAAAGAACUGCUGAAAAAGAAGAGGAAAGUAAAGAGCGGAGUCAGAGAGCAGAAUGGCAGACUUCAGAGAUUACCUGCAAGUUACCUCACUACAGUCAUUCCUUAUGAGAAGAAAGAUGUGCCUCCAUCAAUUGAAGAUCUUCAGGUUCUCACAAAAAUCCUUCAAGCCAUGAGGGAUGACAGUGACAAAGUGCCCAGUCUUUUGACAGACUACAUCCUUAAAGGUAACUCUUUCAAUUACUGUCUUAUACACUACCAUUCAAAAGUUUGGGGUCACUUUGAAAUGUCCUUAUUUUUGAAAGAAAAGCACUGUUCUUUUCAAUGAAGAUCACUUUAAACUAAUCAGAAAUCCACUCUAUACAUUGCUAAUGUGGUAAAUGACUAUUCUAGCUGCAAAUGUCUGGUUUUUGGUGCAAUAUCUACAUAGGUGUAUGGAGCACUUGCAUGUGACGUCACAGCCGAUCCAGAUCGUGACAGACGCCAUCUUGUCGGUCAAACACCAUAUUUCCGCCUUCUACUUCUGCUUCUACUUCUACCUUUUCUUCUGGAAAACCCUACUAUAUACAAUUCUACUACAACGGCUGUGGCUACAAGCUCUCCCUACCUGUGCACGUUUUUUAUGUUUUUUGUCUGUAUUUUUGCGUGUUGUUCGUCUGUAUCAGACUUCAAUAUCCACUACAACCGUAUGGACUUACUGGACAUUGGUUUCCAGCAGAAAAUGACGGUUUGUAGCGAUUUCCAUCGCAUGCACAACAUUCCAGACGAGAUAGUGAGACCAGCGGGGUCUCCGUGGAUUGUUAUCGGAAGCAAAGCGAAGGAGGCAGCGUCGGGAGCGGAAGCAAAAGCGAGGCUGCAGAGCCGGCCUGUUGACUAAGCUCAGAAAACAGCCACUCAAACCUCCACUGCCAAGCCUCUACCUCUCCAACGCCAGAUCCAUGGUAAACAAGACGGACGAUUUGGAAUUACAGCUGGAAUUACCUUCAUCUCAUCUCAUUAUCUCUAGCCGCUUUAUCCUGUUCUACAGGGUCGCAGGCAAGCUGGA